CUGCAGGAACAUAUUACAAACACAUGCAUACAUUAUGUAAUAAUAACAUCUUGAAGCAACCUUUUAUAUAUAAAUUUUGUUUUUAUGUUAAUCAUGUAUGAUGUAAAAUUUAUAGUACUUUUCAUCUGAAUUAUUUGACAAAAGAAACUUAGACUUCAGUUUUAGUCAAAUUGGAUCGAGGCUUUUGAACUAAUCAGUUUAACUGUAUAUACGAAUGCACACAUUUACAACUUUCUUUGUUCCUGGUUAGACAUAUCAAGAUAUAAAAUUAUUUUUCAAUAGUAUAGGAUGUCAGUUUAUUUAAACCGACCCAAUCCCAUACUUAUUUAUUUAUUUAUUUAUUUUAAAAAGAUUAUCCUCAGUUUCGUCUCCUAGUCUAAUUCAGCUAAACGUUAUUACCAAGUCCAUAUUCAAAUGAUCAUAGUAUUUGAAUCACAACUACAAGAAAAAGGAAUGGGUCAUGACUUAUUUAUAAAACAUAUUAUACUUGACCAAACAUAAUUCGAUAUCACCAAAUUUACACUAUAAAUACAUCCCAAACCCUCCUCAUUUCUCUACACAACUCACCCUUCAAAACACUCCAUCAAAAAAUAUAAAAAAAUGGCGUCCCAAAAAAUGCUCCUGAAAAACGCUCUCAUCGUUCUCCUCUUCACCUUGACCAUCUUAGCAGAAACCGCGUUUUCGCAAAACUGCGGUAAAACUGGAUGUAAAGGCAACAUGUGCUGCAGCAGGUGGGGAUAUUGUGGCACUACAAACGCCUACUGCGGCACGGGAUGCCAGAAUGGACCUUGCAAAUCAAAACCUAAACCUACUCCUACUCCCAGCGGUAGCGGCGGUCUAAACGCUGGUCCACGUGGUACCAUAGCAAGCGUUGUCACACCAGCGUUCUUUAACAGCAUCAUGAGCAAAGUUGGAAAUGGUUGCCCAGCCAAAGGCUUCUACACUCGCCAGGCGUUCAUUGCGGCCGCUCAAUCGUUUCCAGCCUACAAAGGAACUGUCGCUAAGCGUGAGAUUGCAGCCAUGUUGGCUCAGUUCUCUCAUGAAUCUGGAAGUUUUUGCUACAAAGAAGAAAUAGCUAGAGGAAGGUACUGCUCACCGAGCAAAACGUAUCCAUGUCAACCGGGCAAGAACUACUACGGUCGUGGUCCCAUCCAAAUCACAUGGAAUUACAACUAUGGUGCAGCCGGAAAGUUCCUUGGACUUCCUCUCUUGAAGGAUCCAGAUAUGGUGGCUCGUAGCCCAACCGUGGCUUUCAAGUGUGCCAUGUGGUUCUGGAACUUGAAUGUGCGUCCGGUUUUGAGCAGAGGUUUCGGAGCCACAACGAGGAGGAUCAACGGUGGUGAAUGCGACGGUGGGCGUCCAGCCGCAGUGCAGAGCAGGGUUAACCAUUACUUGGAUUUCUGCAAGAAGCUUGGGGUCACUCCUGGAACCAACCUCAAGUGUUGAUCUACUCAAUGUGGUUUUUAAGUGUGUGUGUGUGUGUGUUUUAAAGAUUUCAUGUGUCGAAUAAUAAAGAAAAUAAGAGACUACUGGUCAUACACUAUAUGAUGUGUCUUAAGGUAACUAAUAUUGUGUUGUUUGUACAAGUCAUUAUCCAAUAAACAUAUUUCCUUUUUACACA